AUGUCAUCAGAAAUAUCUCAAAACGUUAGAAAAGACAUGAGUGAGAAAGUCGACAAAGCUCAAGAUGCAGAGAUCAAUGUGGAGCCAGAACACAUGCAAGAAUUGGAGGUUGACGUUGGAAAAAUACUCAAUGAUGAUGGAUUGGAUGAUAUAGAAGGCGAUACAUCGCCAUAUCCUGAAGUUAGAGCUGUAGUUCCAGAUGUCGACGAUCAAUCCAUUCCUGUCAAUACUCUUAGGAUGUGGAUUUUAGGAUUUGCGUUUACUAUGAUUGGUGCUGGCAUCAAUCAAUUCUUCAGUCUCCGUUAUCCCUCAGUCCAUAUUGUCGCACUCGUUGCUGAACUUCUCGCAAUGCCCUUCGGCAUACUCUUGGCAAAGAUCCUACCACUCUGCACUCUCAACCUAGGUCCUUUAGGAAAAUGGUGCAUCAAUCCCGACAGACAUUUCAAUAUAAAGGAACAUACCGUAGUAACCAUUAUGAGCAACGUGAGUUUUGGAUACGGUAGCGCAGACUCAACGGGUAUUAUUCAAGCUGCGAAAGCAUUUUACAACUUCGAUUUGAAGCCCGGGUUCUCAAUUCUCGUUGUACUUUGUUGCCAGAUGAUGGGUUUCGGAGUUGCAGGACUAUCAUCUCCUUGGUUGGUAGAACCUGCUUCUAUAAUUUGGCCAGGGGUGUUAUCCAAUUGUGCUUUACUUUCCACGUUACAUUCUCGAGCCAAUGCCAUGGCCAAUGGCUGGAAGAUUAGUCGACUUCGAUUUUUUAUGUACGUUAUGGUUGGGGCAGGAGUCUGGUAUUUCUUCCCUGGAUUAAUAUUUGUGUCUCUUUCGUACUUUACAUGGGUUUGUUGGAUCGCCCCAAACAAUUUAAUUGUGAAUCAUCUGUUCGGAAUGGUUACAGGUCUUGGGUUGAGUCCUAUCACUUUUGAUUGGUCACAAGUUGCUUAUAACACGAAUCCUCUCCUCUCUCCGGCAUGGGCUGCUAUGAACGUAUUUGGUGGCUUCAUUAUUUUCUUUUGGAUUGUCACCCCGGGUCUUUAUUAUGCAAAUGUUUGGUACACAGCCUAUCUACCACUUUGUUCAGCUGAUGUAUAUGAUAAUACCGCAUCCCUCUAUAACGUUUCUCGGGUGAUGACUUCAGCAAAUACUCUAAACACAACUGCAUAUGCUGAAUACUCGCCUCCUUUUCUUCCCGCUACAUUUGCUUUCGUCUAUGGAAUAUCUUUUGCCGCCCUUACAGCUGUUCCUGUUCAUAUAUAUAUCUGGCAUGGUACUCAAAUCCGUGAUGCAUUCGCAGGUCGUACUAAAAUGGACAUCCACGCUCGCUUGAUGCGCCUCUAUUCCCAAACCCCUUGGUAUUGGUAUGGAGCUAUUACUAUUGUAAUAAUGAUACUAGGUAUUGUGAUGGUUGAGGUUUAUCAUACAACUUUACCAUGGUGGGCGGUUUUGCUAGCAGCAAUCAUUCCCGCAAUUUACAUGAUUCCAUGUGGUAUUAUUCAGGGGAUAACAAAUGUGGAUGCAAAUCAAUUGAAUGUUCUAGCCGAAUUUAUUGGGGGAUAUAUGUUUACUGGGCGACCAUUGGCAAACAUAAUUUUCAAGGUUCUUUCUACGGAUGUAGUAGGCCAAGGCCUGUACUUUGCACAAGAUAUGAAGUUAGGUCAUUACAUGAAAGUUCCACCUCGAACGCUCUUUUUCGCACAAGGAAGCGCCACUAUUCUUGGAGCUCUCACACAAGUAGGUGUAACUCUUUGGAUGCUUGGAAACGUCAAAGACAUCUGCUCGGAAGAUCAAUCAAAUGGUUUUACAUGUCCAAAUGGCCGUACAAUCUUUUCCUCAUCUGUCAUUUGGGGAGCAAUCGGCCCUGGACGAGUUUAUUCAAUCGGAAAGAUCUAUUCCGGUCUCUUGCACUUUUUUUGGAUCGGUGCAAUUAUGCCAAUUAUUACUUGGGUUAUUUGGAAGUACUGGAGGAAGAAUAACGGAGAAGAAAGAAAAUGGAUACGACUCAUCAAUUGGCCAUUAAUCUUUGUCGGAACCUAUAAUGUGCCGCCUGCUACGGGAAUUAACUAUAGUAGUUGGGCAUUAGUUAACUUGACCUUUAACUGGUGGAUAAAAGCGAAGUGGUUUGCAUGGUGGUCCAAAUACAAUUAUGUCUUAGCAGCUGCACUCGAUACAGGUCUUGCACUCUCGGCAAUCGUCAUAUUCUUCUGCAUCACGUAUCCUGGAGCUCAGUUUCCUGAUUGGUGGGGUUAA